GUGGAAGGUUGAAUAAUGGGGGACCGAGAGGUCCCUAAAUGAGGGUCUCCGGCAAUUGCUGGAAAAAGUUAUGGGGCAGAUGAAGACUGGGUAAGACUCUUUAAACUUUGACGUUCACACGUUUUUCCAGCACCGUGACCAACACAACAAGUUCACGGGCACCCCAUAGACCCUUCUUUAAAUGAAACACGCCUCGCCCAGCCUCCCUCCCGUUCCCGAAGUCCGAAGUUCGCAGGGUCGUGGAAAUGUUCCCGGUGAACUUGAUCUACUCCUGAAGGCGUCUUUCCGGCUCCCGAGCCAGACGGUCCCGGUGAGCUUAGCCUUCGCAUAUCCCUGGCUUUUCCAAAGAAGAGCAGGAAAUGGCCAAACCCCAGACGAACAUUUUCCGUUGAAUUGCCCCCAUACUUUUGCAGAGCAGGUGGGGCAUGUACAAACAAGACACUGUCCACCAGGGCAGCUUUCCUUGGGGGGCCAGCCCACAGUGAGCUUCUAUUAUCCCUUGCUGUGAACUUGUGACAUUUGAGGACGUAGCUGUGGAUUUCACGCAGGAGGAGUGGCAGUACCUGAACCCUCAACAGAGGACUCUGUACAGAGAUGUGAUGCUGGAGACCUACAGCCACCUGGUCUCCAUGGGCCAGCAGGAUCCCAAACCAGACCUCAUUCUCAGGUUGGAAGCAAGAGAGCUGUGUCUAGCAGAAGGAAAAAUCGCAAUUUGGAGCUCUCUGGAAGAGGUUGGCCAAGGUGAUGAAGAGAUCAGGAGGUGGCAGCAGGAUUACCAAGAUAAAUGUGUGUUGAUGCAGUUUGGAUUCCCUGACAAGCAAACAUUCACUGCAAGGAGUAGUCAUGACUGUAAUGAAUUUGGUAACACGCUUUAUCUGCAUUCAAACAUUGUUGCUUCAAUACAAAGACCCAAUAAAUAUGAAUUAUUUGGAGAUAAUAUGAUAGAUAAUUUGGGCUUAUUUAGAAGCUCUGCUGAAAAGAAACUGGAUAGUGGAGGAUGUGCAAAAUUAUUCUUCCAUGCUGAGUGUGAGAAAACAAAUCCUGGAGUGAAACCCUAUGGCUAUAAAGAGUGCGGAAAAACCCUCAGACGAAAGAAAGGCCUUAGUCUACAUCAGAGAAUUAAAAAUGGAGAGAAACCCUUUGAAUGUUCUGCAUGUGGGAAAACCUUCAGCAAGAAGUCCCACCUCAUCGUACAUUGGAGAACUCAUACAGGGGAGAAGCCUUUCGAAUGUACUGAGUGCGGGAAAGCCUUUAGCCAGAAGUCUCAGCUUAUUAUUCACCUUAGGACUCAUACCGGAGAGAGGCCAUUUGAGUGUCCUGAAUGUGGGAAAGCUUUCCGGGAAAAGUCAACUGUCAUCAUCCAUUACAGGACUCACACAGGCGAGAAACCUUAUGAAUGCAAUGAAUGUGGGAAAGCCUUCACUCAGAAGUCAAACCUCAUUGUCCAUCAGAAAACCCACACAGGGGAGAAAACCUACGGAUGCACUAAGUGUGGGGAAUCUUUCCUACAGAAGCUUGAUCUAAUUAUACAUCAUAGUACUCACACAGGAAAGAAGCCCCAUGAAUGUAAUGAGUGUAAGAAAACUUUUAGUGACAAGUCAACUCUGAUCAUACAUCAAAGAACCCAUACAGGGGAGAAGCCUCAUAAGUGUAGUGAAUGUGGGAAGUCAUUCAAUGAGAAGUCAACCCUCAUCGUUCAUCAGAGAACCCACACAGGAGAGAAACCCUAUGAAUGUGAUGUGUGUGGAAAAACCUUCACCCAAAAGUCAAACCUUGGCGUACACCAGAGAACUCACUCAGGAGAGAAGCCCUUUGAAUGUAACGAAUGUGAGAAAGCCUUCUCCCAGAAAUCCUAUCUCAUGCUGCAUCAGAGGGGUCACACUGGAGAGAAGCCUUACGAGUGCAGUGAAUGUGAGAAGGCUUUUUCCCAGAAGUCCUAUCUCAUUAUACAUCAAAGAACUCAUACAGAAGAAAAGCCCUAUAAAUGUAAUGAAUGUGGUAAAGCCUUCAGAGAAAAGUCCAAGCUCAUUAUACAUCAGCGAAUUCACACAGGAGAGAAGCCCUAUGAAUGCCCUGUCUGUUGGAAAGCUUUUAGUCAGAAGUCACAGCUCAUAAUACACCAGAGAACGCACACAGGAGAAAAACCUUAUGCGUGCACUGAAUGUGGCAAAGCUUUCAGAGAGAAGUCAACAUUCACCGUACAUCAAAGAACUCAUACUGGAGAGAAACCCUAUAAGUGCACAGAAUGUGGGAAAGCCUUUACCCAAAAAUCAAACCUUAUUGUUCAUCAGAGAACUCACACUGGGAAAAAGGCCCAUGGGAGAGGCCCCACCCGGAAGUCAAAGCUCACUGCACACUGAGGGAAAGUUGUAUCGAUUUAAUUUGUGUCUUCAAAGUAUGUUCUGACUGAUGAUGGUUUAAAUAUGGAGAGGGAAAGUCA